GGGGCUGAGAGGGAGAGGGGGGAGGAGUGGAGGCGUGACUCGCUGAAGCCGCCUCUGCUCCGGCACUGAAAGGGUGCUCACCCCGCUGGUCCCACCCUCCUGCCCACGGUCCAGCCAAUCAGAGAGGCUUUUACUGGCGGGUGGGCCGGGCCGGCCCAGCUGCUCGGAGGCUCUGGCAUGUCGGUUCCCGAUUCUGGCCCCAGGCCCUUGGCAACACCUGCCCCUUUCCCACCGGGGCCCCCCAUGAUGCCACCACCCUUCAUGCCCCCUCCAGGGAUCCCUCCGCCCUUCCCCCCAAUGGGGCUGCCUCCCAUGAACCAGAGACCACCUGCCAUCCCUCCCAUCCCCCCUGGCAUGAUGCCCCCGAUGCUACCACCAAUGGGGGGGCCACCACCAAUUACACAGAUACCAGGGAUGGUACCACCCAUGAUGCCAGGGAUGCUGAUGCCCGCGGUGCCGGUCACUGCAGCGACGGCCCCAGGUGUGGACACCGCCAGCUCUGUCGUGGCUGGAGCAGACCCUACGAGAGUUUUGUGGAGUGAACAUGUGGCUCCUGAUGGGCGAAUCUACUACUACAAUGCAGAUGACAAGCAGUCUGUGUGGGAGAAGCCCAGCGUCCUCAAGUCCAAAGCUGAGUUGCUGUUGUCUCAGUGCCCCUGGAAAGAGUACAAGUCAGACACUGGCAAACCCUACUACUACAACAACCAGACUUUGGUCAAACAGGAGGCUGCAGGGAAGCAGCAGCCACAGCCACAGCCACAGCCUGAGCCACCUCCUGCUACUCCUGGACCGGCCCCAGUCCCUUCAGGCCUCAUCGAACCUGAGCCAGGUGGGCAUGAAGACUGUGAACUGUCAGAACCUACCCAGCCUCUGGAUCAGGGGCUUCUGCAUCAGGAGGAAAGCACAAGCAGUGCUGCUAGGCGGCAGGAGGAGGAAGAGCCAAAGCUCGAGCCAGAGAGGUCAAGCUUCAGCUGGAGCAACCGAGAAAAGGCAAAGCAGGCAUUCAAGGAAUUGCUAAGGGACAAGGCUGUCCCCUCCAAUGCUUCAUGGGAACAAGCCAUGAAGAUGGUGGUCACUGACCCUCGCUACAGUGCUCUGCCAAAACUAAGUGAGAAAAAACAGGCAUUCAAUGCCUACAAAGCACAGCGGGAGAAAGAAGAAAAGGAAGAGGCCCGUCUGAGGGCCAAAGAGGCCAAGCAGACCCUUCAGCACUUUCUGGAACAGCAUGACCGUAUGACCUCUACCACCCGAUACCGGCGAGCUGAGCAAACGUUUGGGGAACUGGAAGUUUGGGCUGUAGUACCUGAGCGGGACCGUAAGGAAAUAUAUGAUGAUGUCCUCUUCUUCCUUGCCAAGAAGGAGAAGGAGCAGGCUAAACAACUGCGUCGCCGCAAUAUCCAGGCUCUAAAGAGCAUCCUGGAUGGAAUGAGCAGUGUCAGCUUCCAAACUACUUGGUCCCAAGCUCAACAGCACCUCAUGGACAACCCCAGCUUUGCCCAGGACCACCAGCUGCAGAACAUGGACAAGGAGGAUGCGCUGAUCUGCUUUGAGGAGCAUAUCCGAGCACUGGAGCGAGAGGAAGAGGAAGAGCGUGAACGGGCACGACUUCGGGAGAGGCGCCAGCAUCGCAAGAACCGAGAAGCCUUCCAGACCUUCCUGGACGAGCUGCACGAGACAGGGCAGCUGCACUCCAUGUCUACCUGGAUGGAGCUGUACCCAGCGGUCAGCACCGAUGCCCGCUUUGCCAACAUGCUGGGCCAGCCGGGCUCCACUCCUCUGGAUCUCUUCAAGUUUUAUGUAGAGGAUCUGAAGGCCAGAUUCCAUGAUGAGAAGAAAAUCAUUAAGGACAUCCUUAAGGAUCGGGGUUUCAGUGUGGAAGUGAACACAGCCUUUGAGGACUUUGCACAUGUUAUCAGCUUUGACAAGAGGGCUGCUGCACUGGACGCUGGCAAUAUCAAGCUGACCUUCAACAGCCUCCUAGAGAAAGCAGAGGCCCGAGAGCGGGAGAGGGAGAAGGAGGAAGCACGGAGACUUCGGCGUAGGGAAGCUGCCUUUCGGAGCAUGCUGAGGCAAGCUGCCCCUGCCCUGGAGCCUGGCACUGGCUGGGAGGAGGUCCGAGAGCGCUUCGUGUGUGACUCUGCCUUUGAACAGAUCACUCUGGAGUCAGAGCGGAUACGCCUCUUCCGAGAGUUCUUACAGAGUGAAUACCAGCACUUUCACAUCAAAGGCAGAAAACACGGCAAAAAGGGCAAGAAACAUCAUCGAAAGCGAUCGCAUUCACCCUCGGGCUCUGAAUCUGAAGAGGAUGAGCAACUACCCCUUCUUCGGCCCUCCAAACGAAGAAAAUGGAAUCCCUCUGAGUCAGGCUCUGAACCCUCAUCUUCACUCGAUUCAGCUGAGAGUGGGGGUGGCCCUCUUGGGGGCCGGGGCUCUCCCUCCAGCCGCCCCCCUCUUGGAGCAGAUCAUGGCUUCCGGAAGUCUAAGAAGCCGAAGAAGAAAGGCAAGAAGAAGAGGCACAAGUCGAACAGUCCCGAGAGUGAAAUAGAGCGAGAGAAAGAGAAAGGAAGCAAGGAGAUGGAAGAGAAAGAACGAGAACGGGACAAAGAGAGGGAGGCCCGGAGGCCAGAGCCCCGGAAUCGGUCCCCUGGCCUUGGACUUAAGAAAGAGAAGACAGGCUGGGACACAUCAGAGAGUGAGCUGAGUGAAGGGGAACUGGAACGGCGCCGCCGGACACUUCUGCAGCAGCUGGAUGAUCAGCAGUGACCCUGAUACUCACUGUCCCCUUGUGGGACUGUGUGAAGCCUGUGUUCCUAGUACCACCCUUGUUAGCCAAGCUCCCGAGCCCAGGAUUCCUUCCUCAGUCUGGUCAAUGCCCAUCGUCCCUAAAGCACCCUGUUCCUGUUUGGCAAAACCCCUCCAGAGACCAGCAUCAGCACUAUAAGGUUGCCCCAGCUGCUCUUCAGAAGUCCCCCCGCCCCUUAUCAUCUUGGACAUCCAGUAUAGUCCCUGGCAUCACCCCUACUCCCUUGUCCAGGCCUGAUGGGGUUAGGCAGCGCCAAUAUGACAGGAGGUACGGUAGGGGGGAGUUGUGCCACUACUACUUGUCAUUACCUCUUUCCCUAGGAAGGGUUAUUGUGUGAGAGAAUUGCAGUCUGCCAAUGGGCACUGAGCCAGUUGGGAAGGGGGGGAGGAGGGAGACAUUCUAGGCGAUUCAAAAUAGCUCUCUACCCCUUACCCCUCCUACCCUGGCCCAAUGGCGCUACCUCUUCCUCUCUCCAACCUGGGAACUCAGUGUUUUUUUUAAUGAUUAAUAAUGAUAAUAUUUAUAACAUGG